UAUAUUCGGCAUCUUAUCUAAACAUGUCUUCUCCUCUCUGGCCGGACUCCGGUUGCAUCUUGUUUAUCUCUCCGCGUAGACGACGGUCGAACAAAUCUGUGUUCCUUUUAUUGCGUGCACGUUGUUUCCACGAAAUUAAGCCCGGCAAAUGCAUGGCAUAUUCCCCAUUAGACCGGAUGCGUAUUCCUCCGAUCCCCGGCCAUUAGUCCCUUAACCCCGUACGAUUGUAUAUCCAUGUCGCGUGUUCACGCCGUUCUCGAAUCUUGUUAUAAGUGGCUGCACGGUAGCUGCAACAAUUCAUCACCGAAGUAAUUAAGCGAAGAAGAUGAAGAUCGUUGCGCUCUCGGCGGUUCUGCUGCUGCUCUCUCUCGUCGCCGUCUCCUCAGCGGAGGAAUUCGAUUUCUUCUACCUCGUUCAGCAAUGGCCUGGAUCCUUCUGUGACACGAAGAAGGGCUGCUGCUUCCCGGACACCGGGAAGCCGGCGACGGACUUCGGCAUCCACGGGAUGUGGCCCAACUACGCCAAGUGCAAGACACGGGGCGAGGUCGGCGGCGGCGCCCUGGAGAUGGUGACCAAGCGGAAGAAGAAGUGCUGGCCGGAGUUCUGCAACAACGGCGAGCCCCUGAAGAUCGCGGCGAUCACGGACCUGCUCAAGGGGCUGGACGCCAACUGGCCGACGCUGGCGUGCAAGAGCGGCAAGAGCUUCGAGUUCUGGAGCUACGAGUGGAAGAAGCACGGCACCUGCUCCGGCCUGGACCAGCACGGCUAUUUCUCCGCGGCGCUGGGCUUCAAGGCGCAGCACAACCUCACCGCCAUCCUCGCCGGCGCCGGGAUCUUGCCGACGGACGAGAAGACCUACUUCCUCAGCAGCAUCAGGGACGCCAUCAAGGAAGGGACCGGGUUCACGGCGAACUUGGAGUGCAACAGGGGCGCCGCCGGCGAGACGCAGCUGUUCCAGGUGUACCAGUGCGUCGACCGCGCCGGGAAGAAGCUCAUCGACUGCCCGCUGCCGAUGACGGGCAACUGCAAAGACAGGGUCCAGCUGCCGGCCUUCUGAUUAAAUUGACCAAUUCUUGUUGAGCCUCCU